GGAGGCGGGAUGCGUGCCGUCAUUUCCUGUCUGCUUUGGCCGCAGCUCCAGCCCAUGGAGUGACCGAGCGCCUCGGCUGCUUUCAUGCCCGCCCGCGGAUAGCUUUGCGCUCUCAGAACUUGCCAAUCAAGAACUACUAAUCCAUUUGACAAUCCAGUCUAAAAUGGCAGCUAACAAGAACAAGAAUCAGAGCUCUUUGGCACUGCACAAAGUGAUUAUGGUGGGCAGUGGAGGUGUGGGCAAGUCAGCACUAACAUUGCAGUUCAUGUAUGACGAGUUUGUUGAAGACUACGAGCCUACUAAAGCUGACAGUUAUAGGAAAAAAGUUGUUCUGGAUGGUGAGGAGGUCCAGAUAGACAUCUUGGAUACUGCUGGGCAGGAGGACUAUGCAGCCAUUCGGGACAAUUACUUCCGCAGUGGGGAGGGUUUUCUCUGUGUCUUUUCAAUAACUGAGCAAGAAUCGUUUACAGCCACUGUAGAAUUUAGGGAACAAAUCCUCCGUGUGAAAGCAGAGGAAGAUAAGAUCCCCUUACUUUUAGUGGGUAACAAGUCUGAUUUGGAAGAUCGGAGGCAAGUGUCUGUUGAAGAAGCAAGGAGCAAAGCAGAAGAGUGGGGCGUUCAGUAUGUUGAGACUUCAGCUAAAACGAGAGCCAAUGUAGAUAAGGUAUUUUUUGACCUGAUGAGAGAAGUACGAGCAAAGAAAAUGUCAGAAAACAAGGACAAAAAUGGGAAGAAAAGCAGCCGGAACAAAAAGAGCCUCCGAGAACGAUGCUGUAUACUGUGAUUAAUUUUUUUUGGGAUCGAUUGGCAGCAAUUUGAACUUGGGCACUUAACAUUCAUUUAGCCACUCAAUGUGUUUAUAAUCAAUCACUGUUUAUUUUAUAGUAAAAUGGUGUUUAUUCAAAGUAUUGAGUAUUGUUGGGUUCGUUGCCAAUACAAUGCUCUUUGAACUAUCAAGUGAGUUAUAUCCUUUGGACCUACUUGUAGGAUUGUAUUUUUUUGCCUUUUUUUUUACAGACGCAUUUAGUUUUGAGCAACUGUUCCUAUCAAGCAGUAACAUGCUUCCACCUUCCAUGUAGAUCUCUGGAUUCCCUUGUCCAGUUAACUGCUAAUUAUUCAUAACCUCUCCUUUCAAAAUCAAUUUGGGAAGUAAUUAAAGGGCAGAUUUCUAAUGCAUCAAAAGCAAACUGCAGAUUUAUAAAAGGCAGCUUGUUGAAACUGUUAUAAAUCAGCGUGUUCAAAGUUUAAUUUGUCUUUUAAUUUGAAGACCUUGUGUUUAAAAUGACAUUUGAUAAUGUAGUUUGAACACUCUGAUCCUCUUUUAUAUAGCAUCAUAUGUGGUCUUGCAGUAUAGCUAAAUUCUCAACUUGUGCCAUUUGUUGGAGGGAGAGGCGAACGAUUAAAAACCUAGCCUUCUGAUUGCUGUGUGUCCAACUGUAAUAAGUCAGAUUUGUUAAAGAAACUACUGGUGGUAACGAAGUCCAGAGAAAUAAUUUCCCAUGUACCAUGUACAGUAUGAUUAUUUUCUGCUAUUCUUACUCAUUAGGUUGUAACAGAUUGGAGGUACAUUCUCCCCAAAAUGAAACAUAUAGUGUAAUUGCCUAGCUAAAAGAAAAUCAUCUCUGUGGGUUAUUUUAGACCUAAUCCUUUCACUAGUGCAACAACCACCUCCUUCCAUACCACCCCCUAGCCACCUAACUGUGGUUUUGGUAUCUUGCACCCAAUAUUGUAAGUCGCUCUGUCAGUGAAAGGACUUAUUUCACUGUUUUGUAACUGCAUCAUGUUGCAUUCUCUACCUCCAUGUGAUGUAGUAAAAGUGCUGGAAUUCAAGAUCUGAUACACAGACACAUCACCGGCACUGAAGAGUAUUCCAUGUCUACUCAGCAAACCAGCACGUGCAUUCGUAAGAAGCUGGAUUGUGUGCUUGUCUAUCGUUUUGGCAUGAAGAAAAUAAGUUUGAAUAUUUGUUGGAGCAAAUGCUGCGAAUGACUGAGCACACUUGAAACACAGUAGCAAUCAUAUAUUUAGAGUUCAGAGUUUUUUUUUAAAAGUACAUGGUCCUUUAUGGUCUUGUGGUAGAAGAAAAUAAUGGGGAAAAAAAUCCAAUUCUUUCAGAUGUUUUUAAGAACACAAAGUUGAUCUGUGUGAAAUGGACCAAUAUCUCGCACUGAUUUUUAGACAUUUGUAAGGAAAUGAGAUUUGGAUGGUGUUAGUUUUUAUGUGGUAUCAUGUCAAUGCUUUGUACAAGCCUUGGGCUGAUUUGCCUUUUUUUAAGAAUGAUUCCUGAAUGGAGGUAGAUUGUUAGUGUAGUUCAUGUAUUAAAACACUAGAUUAUUGGGACAGUACAGCAAUUGAUUUUUCUACAUUUGCUUUAACAUAAAUUGCAUGUGAUAUGAACUUCACCCUCUUUUUUUGAUUGUAGAUAACAUGACUAACUGAAUCUUUGUGAUUUAAUGCAACGUUGUUGUUGAGUUGAAGGGGUUAGGGUUCUAUGCCAGUAAUGAACAGUGGUAUUGUAUUUGCCAAAAACUAAUAGUUACCCAGAUUGUUUACAUUGUUUAACAAAACUAAUAAUUUCAAGAUGGAAGUUUCCUCCUGAUUGAGAAAAAACCUAAUGUCAUCACGAAAAUGUGAAAUAUUUCAACAUGAAUUAUGAAUAAAACCAGUAGCAUAACUUGAUUAAUCUCUUGUCUCCAGCAUUCCUUGAAACAAAUUUUAGGAUUUUUUUUUUCGAUAUCUAUCAUAGUGUGUUAAAACACUGUUUUCACAUCUUGGGAUCUGAAUUAAAAUUGAUGCAGACUGACCUGUCAGAAAGAUUUUCUUUUCUUGCCAUCCUUUGCCCCAGUAGAUGGAAGGAUCCUAAGAAAAGGGAGUCUGGCCAAUUUUGUAAAUAUGAGUGUGCAGUGUACAAUUCGGUGCUCAUUUAAAAUCGCUGGUCAGAAGGAUGGCUGGAGUGAGCAGUAGAAAUAUCGCUCUGGUGGAAUGCUGGUCUGAAUUAGUUAUCUCCAGCUACAUUGCAGGACUGAGUAACUGCACUCUGUGUCAUAUGUGUUUAAUGUGAACUAGAAGUAUUUAACAUGGGGUGCAAAAGGAGUGAAAAAAUGUUUGAUUCUGGAACACUUCAAUCACUAAAAUUAUCAGCAAGAUUCAUGCUGAUUUUUCUUCCCCACGCAUUCCUCUUUUGCAUUUUUCUUGCUGCUGCUCCUCUUCUUGCCUUGGGGAGGAAAGCUGCUGACAAAGCCAGCCUGAUGACUUCUCUUAAGGCUCAACCAGUACUGUUAGACUUUCCCUUGCAGUCUCAGUAAGCCUCUUGCAUCUCAAGGUAAUCAGGUGUAUUUUGGCAAUUCACUUUGUGGAUGAUCACAGAGCAUUGUAUCAGCACCUGCAGCUUGGGUCUUGAUUAGCCGAUGAAGUAAGACUAUUAGUGUUUUCUGUCCUAUUGAUAUGACUUAUAAUAAAAGCAAAACUACUCUGACCUGUGACCAUGAGGAAAAUCUUCUGAAAUAUCUUAUUUUGGGUAAAAGACAACUGUCUUGCCAUCUGUUUUUAGUUGAAAUGAAUUUGAAUGUGUACUUUCCCUCUGAAUUUAGGGUAAUCCUACUUUUAGCCAAAAACUAUUCGCCCCGUGUACUGUUCCUUGAGGCAUUGGCAUGCAUGCUUUCAUCUUUUGCUUCGCCACCACAUCCAGCUUAAUCAGUUGCCUAACUCAAAGCUUGUGCUGAAAUAAAAUAGCAAGUUAGGACCUUUUGCUCAAUGAACUAGCCAUCAAAACCUUUCCUCUUUUUUUGCGUACCUUGGCCUAAAUCUUUGCCUAAUGAACAGAGAUGAAGCUUCUUUCUUAAGAGGGUGCCUUAAUGAACGCACAUGAAAUGGGGAGCCAGAAUGGCAUUGUCACUGGACUCAUAUUCCAGAGACCCAGGGUAAUGCUCUGGGCGCCCAGGUUCGAAUACCACCAUGUGGAAUUCAAUUAAAAAUCUAGUGUUAAAAGUCUAAUGACUACAAAACCAUUGUCAAUUGGUGUAAAAACCCAUCUGGUUCACUAAUGUCCUUUUUAGGGAAGGAAAUCUGCUGCCCGCACCUGGUCUGGCCUACAUUAGACUCCAGACCCACAGCAAUGUGGUUGACUCAUAAAUGCCUUCUGAACAAGGGCAGUUAAGGAUGGACAAUAAAUGCUGGCCUAGCCAGCGAUGCCUAUAUCCCAUGAACGAAUAAAAAAAAAAUGAAUUUUGGUGAUUUCAUCAUAGUUGGUCAGGUUUAGUGUGUAUCCACCAGGCAUUCUAGGUCCAUGCAUGUGGAAGAAUUAGAAAAUUGACACUUUAUACCUGAAAAGUCCAACAGGUGUUGCUUUCUGAAUGAUCUGUGUUGGUCAAAAAUCUAGCAAAAUGAUGAUUGUUCAGAAAUAACAAAGCUCAAAGGCAACUGACGCAAUAACAUUGUAAGUGAAAGUUGCCUAAAGCAGGUUUAUUAUAAGUCCAUCUAGCUUUGUAGGCCUAAAAUUUAACGAUUAUUCUGAUCAGUAUUUUUGUUUUACACAUUUUAAACUGGUAACUGGACCAUUCAUUAAUAUUAAAAUAGCCCUGAUUUGAAUUUGAAUGCUUGCAGCUCCUAAGUAUGUAGGCAAAAUCGUAAGUAUUUCAAUUCAAGGGACCAACUGUAAAGCAUUGUUUGAAGAUUGUGGAAAAACCAGCAUUUUGUUUAAUAGGAAAUUUUAUUCAAUAGCUGUAACUUUUGACCAUGGAUAUGCCUCAUUUGUAAUGUGAAAUUUUACUUUUUUUAAAACAGUGAAAUACUGCCAAGUAAAAACUAUUACAUGAUUUGCCCUUUAACAAGUUGCAUCCUGAUUUUUCCCACCUUAUUACACUCUUCAAGGAAUAUUUGCACAUUUAUACUCUGGUAGUAUGUCAAUGAGAUUUUUUUUAAUACUAUAUGUUUUUGCAUUUUUCAAAUUCUUUGAUACAUCUAAUUACAUAAUUGUUAACCAUGAUCUCACCAUCGGUUACUUGCCAAACCUAUUCCGAUUUUAUGAGCUAUUAAAUGUACAUAUUAAAUGUUAACUACCCUUGUGAUACAGCCAACUUUCAGUGGGUGCUGAUGUUAUAUUAUGUUAAAACUGUGCAACUCAUUUAUAACUUCAUUACAUGAGUUGGAAUAUUUGCUCACCUGUAUUGCAAUGCACAAUCAAUACUCAUGUAGUUUUUUUUCUUAAAGGCAUGUUUUGGUUAAUUUUAGUUAAUUUUCUAAUGUUACAACUCAACAUGUAUAAUAAACUAUAAAUAGUAAAUGCAAUAAAUUGAUUUUUCUUUGGA